AUGAGCAACACACCCAUCCAGGAGCCACCUGCCCAGGAAUUGUCGUCUGGCAGUGGGCAGACGUCACCCUCCCGACCCUUUCAGCCAAUCUCUGAUCCCUCAGCUUCUAAAAGAGUAUGUUUCUACAAGAGCGGUGACCCUAAAUUCAGUGGGCAUCGCAUGGUCAUCAGUGCCCGCACCUUCAAGACGUUUGAUGCUCUACUGGAUGCUCUUUCCAAAAAAGUGCCUCUUCCAUUUGGAGUGAGAACCAUCACCACACCUCGCGGGACCCACCUGGUGAAGGCUUUAGAUGACUUACUUGAUGGGGGAUCAUAUGUGUGUUCUGAUCAGAAACGUGUGAAGCCAUUAAACCUGGAUGAAGUGAACCGGCGGCAGGUACCGUGGAAUACAACCAGACCCGUCAGUGCAGGGCGACGAAAGCGUCAAGGACUCCGGUUUGGCAGAAGGAAUGAAGUCACCAACAGGCCAGCAAAGGUCACUGAACGAGUGGCGGUACGGACACCAAAGAAGCUUGUGGUCAUCAAGAAUAGGGAUCCCACUGUUAAACGCACGAUUGUGUUGCAGAGAAGAACAGCACCAACAUUUGAGGCUUUACUAGAUUACCUUUCCCAGAUCCUGCAGUUCCCAGUGCUGAAACUCUUUUCUACAGAUGGCAGAAGAGUUGAUAGUCUCACAACACUUAUCCUGUGCGCUGGAGUUGUUGUGGCAGCAGGCAACGAGCCAUUCCGAUUAGGAAACUACAGUUUUCACAGAACGGGCCAGAUGGCACAAUUAAUGUACGCGGAUAAUGUGGAACCAUCUAUGUUGCAGCCCACAGCUCAGAACAACAAAUCUUUCUCAAGUGGAAGAGGCUCGAGGAAUUUUUCCUUAUCAUCCGAGAGAUACAUUGUCGACCAAAUAAACAAGUCUCGAAAUGGAACCAUGAACAGCCACCUGCAUCACAACAACGGAUCAUUUGAAACAGAGGUCAACCAUCGUCACAACCCCAUGGAGACAUGUGGAACUGGAAGGGUAGAUAAUGACAUGCAUGCUUGCAUUGUACCUAAGGACGAUGACAUAGAAAAGUCUUUCCGUGUGAAUCAAGAUGGCAGCAUGACAGUGGAGAUGAAAGUUCGUCUGACCAUUAAAGAGGAGGAGAUGCUCCACUGGACUACCACACUCAGCCGCUCUAGCCUUAGCAAGAGGACACUUUGUGCCUCAAUUUCUGAGACGGGCAACAGCUCACCUGACUCAAACAAUGCCAUUGCCAAAGACUCCUCUAGCACAAGUGAAGAUGAAUCAAAAGAGGAGAACCAUCCCGCUGACACUGGAAAGGUCGUCGGCUUUAACGACAAGCGAGUAUAUGAGGGCUACACUUCCAGGGCCUUGGCAACAACAACAGGUUUCAAACGCACUCCUACCCCAGGUCCUGCACCUCGGCAUGUUAGGAAGAAGGCGUCUGUUGAGAGUGUGAAGAUGGUCACAGAGUCAGGGGUUAAAGAGAGCACCCUGGGACAUUAUUCUUACUUGGAGAGGACGGCUGAUGGUGAGACAACUGAGGGAUACUGCGUUGUCAGACACAGCAGUAGCAGCAGCAACAAGCCUAUCCCAAAACCACGGAAAACUGUGUCUGCAGGGGCCUCCAACAAAGGCUCCCACUCCUCCAUCAGGUCCCCAGGAGUAGCUGAGGUCCUUCAGAUACAGAAUAAUGGGAUGGAGGUUACAGAGACUGUGAUGCAUAUUUAUGAGAGUCAAGGCUGCUACGACAACUAUUUUGCAAAUGAGGAAUAUAGUGCAGAUGGUGGCGCGCCAGAAAGUAAACCAUCGACUGACUCAGGUCCACAAUCAUCAAGCAAUGAUUGUGAUAUAGAUUUUAGCCGGCAGCCACCCACUACUGAGUCACGACAAAGACAGAAAGAGGAGAUGUUAUCAUUGUCAUCAGAGCCAAUAACUUCAACACAUGAGCUUAUUAACAAUCGGUCUUCAGUGACUGAGAAUGAGGCCCAAACUGCAACAAACUCCCAGGAGAAAGUAAAAAAAGACAAAAGUCUAAGAAGUGAGAAUAAGAAAAAAAUGAUUAAACCUGCUAGGAAUGAAAAGAGUUCGACAUCAACAAGCGGGUCAGAUAAAAAGCAAAAGGAAAGCAUAGUAAGCCCCUCAAAAAAAAGCAGGCAUUCAUCUAAAGACAAACUCAGCAGCACUUCCACCGUGGGCAAAAAAGAUCUGAGUUCAUCAGAUAGUGCUAAAAGUGGUCAAAAGAGUAGAGGAGCAGAAAAGCAUGAAAUUAAGAAAACAAGUAAGGAUGAAAAUAUGGCCAAGAAAGAGCAAGCCUUAUUAGUUAAAACUGAAAAUGUGACCCCAUCUAACAGACAAAACAUAAAUAAGGCAGCUGCUAAAGAUAAUGGCCAUAAUGUAAAUACUCCAACUGGAAGGCCUCAAAUGAAGAAGAACAUGUUAGACAUUUUACAACCCAAAAAAGCACUUCUCCCAGGCAAAAAGACAAUUAGCAAGCCCAAAUCCAUGACUGAAAGCAUAUUAUCAUCACCUAAAAGGACUUUAGAGUUGGGUGAGAGUUUUUCGAUGCCUUCUCUCAAUCCUUCACCCUCUGAAAUUCACCAAUAUGUUGAGAACUGGUUGGAGAAAGUCAACCCAGAUCCAGUACCAUACACUGAGGAGGCUAUCACAGAUGAACCCGAGCCUCGACCAAAGGUUGUGUUUCAGAUAGGCGGUGAUUCUGAAUCCGAUGAAAAGAAUGAAUGCCAGACUAACCUAGAUGAAUAUUAUCCAACUUCUGGUGGGGGUGUCAAGAAAUCAGCUUCUUGUCUGUCAGUACCACUUUGUCAUGCAGAGACAGCUACAGCUCUGCUGCACAAUGAACAAUACGUGAGAGGCUUAUGUGUUUCAAUGCCGAGUGUCAGGGUCGAUCCUGUUGACCAGGAGAACAGACUGAGGUCACACAAAUCUGCAGAGGCCAUCGCUCCAGCUGAUAAUGAACCAUCUCCAUCUAUGUCCAACAUUUUAAGUCCCACAGCAACGAUAAAACCUGUCUUGCGGCAGCUUUGUUCCUCGAUUCAGUGCAUCAGAGGGGCGUCUGACACCAACACAACAUCCAAUCUUGAGAAGUCCAGUAGCCUUCCCGAUUUCCCAACACAAGUGGCUUCGGUGUUUGGCUCGUCAUGUAAAGCCUUGGUGUCAUUCUUAUCAGUGAUGACUCUGCGAGAUAACCUUACAGGAGCCGCGCUGGGAGAGGGUAACCAAUCAAGAAGCGACUCCGAGGCCAUGCUAAUGAUGGAAUCCCUGCAGAAAAUUUCUGCCAUCGAGGAUGAGGAAGAGCAGAGGGCAAGUUUGACCGAUCUGCAAAGCAGAGCGUCUUCUAGGUUCAGAGAACGCUGGAAGGAUUUUCAGAUUCUGAGGGAAAGGCUUGAAAGUGAACCACUGUCUCCCAAAGUUUCAGAAACAGAAUUUGCCCUGGAUGUUUUCUCUGAAGGGGGUGAGACAUUUGAAGAUCAGCAAUUUUGUAUUGAUGAGCUGAUGGAGGAACUUAAUAUGCCGCAAGACCUCAGAGCAGAGAUUUCUUCAACAAUCCAACAGGCUAAGAGUUUUUACCCUGUAGAGGAGAGCACUUUUGUAGAAGCUGAAAGAAACCAGUCGGACUCAGAGGAAGAUGUAGAAAAAUUUGUUGAAGAAUACAAUGAUGAAGCAAAACAAUCAUCAGAGCCUGAUACUCCCUGCAUAGAGGAGGACAUUACUCAGACAAAACAGGGCGAUGAUAACGGAGAGAUAGAUAACGUAAAGAAAAUGCAGUCUGUGUAUUCUGGACAGGCCACACAGUCAGAACUAUCGGGGACACAAAGAGAUGAGCCCCUAAAAGACAAAGAAGAGGAACAGGUAGAAGAGGUAGAGGACGAUAGGGAGGAUGGAGAUACAAAAGAGGUAGAUGAUGAUGAUGAUGAUGAUGAUUAUGAUGAAAAGACUGAAACAGGAGAAAGGGAGGAAAAGGCAGAAGAGAAGGUAGUGACAGAAGAAAAAAUGGAUGACAAGGGGCAGGGGGAGGAAUCUGUUGAAAAUGCAGGGCAAGGAACAGAGGAAGUGAUGACAGUGGAUGAGGAGGAAGAAGGGGUGAUAUUAGAAGAAGGAGAGAAGGAAGCGGUUGAGGAGACAGAGGAGGGACUAAUGGAUGAAGAAGAUCAAGAAGCAAGGGAGGACAACAGUGUUGAAGAGACAGAUGAGAGAGAGGGUGUUGAUGAGACAGAGGAGGAAGGAAGGGGGGAGGAAGGGGAAACUGAGGAGAAGCAAAGGGAAGAGAUUAAAUAUGAAGCAGAUGAGGUUAUUGUCGAGACAGAUGAAGGUGGGGAAGUAGAAAACAUUGAAGGAGUGGAAGAGGAGGAAGAAGCAGAUGCUUCCACUGAGGAUGAAGAAGAAGCGGAAGAAGGUAUUGAGGUUAUUGAGGAAAACAAUGAGGAAGAGGAAAUGAAUGAGGUUUUUGAGGAGAAAGAUGAGGUAGAAAGUAUAAUUGAAGAGGAGAAAGAUGAGGUAGAAAUUAUGAUUGAAGAGGAGAAAGACGAGGUAGAAAGUAGGAUUGAAGAGGAGAAAGAUGAGGUAGAAAUUAUGAUUGAAGAGGAGAAAGACGAGGUAGAAAGUAGGAUUGAAGAGGAGAAAGAUGAGGUAGAAAUUAUGAUUGAAGAGGAGAAAGACGAGGUAGAAAGUAUGAUUGAAGAGGAGGAAGAUGAGGUAGAAAGUAUGAUUGAAGAGGAGAAAGAUGAGGUAGAAAGUAUGAUUGAAGAGGAGAAAGAUGAGGUAGAAAGUAUGAUUGAAGAGGAGAAAGAUGAGGUAGAAAGUAUGAUUGAAGAGGAGGAAGAUGAGGUAGAAAGUAUGAUUGAAGAGGAGAAAGAUGAGGUAGAAAGUAUGAUUGAAGAGGAGAAAGAUGAGGUAGAAAGUAUGAUUGAAGAGGAGAAAGAUGAGGUAGAAAGUAUGAUUGAAGAGGAGAAAGAUGAGGUAGAAAGUAUGACUGAAGAGGAGAAAGAUGAGGUAGAAAGUAUGAUUGAAGAGGAGGAAGAUGAGGUAGAAAGUAUGAUUGAAGAGGAGAAAGAUGAAACAGGUGUGGUUACUCAGAAAGAUGUAGAGGAGGUUAUUGAGGAGGAGGAGGAGGAGGAGGAUGAGGAGGAAAUGGUGGACGUUAUUGAGGAGGAGGAUGAAGAAGAAGAUGUUGAGGAAAAAGACAAGGAAGAGGACAAAACCGAGGUAGUCAGUGAGGAAAACCAAGAAGAGGAAGAAGAGAGAGAACAAAAAGAGGAACAAGAGCACGAGGAGGAUGGUGAGGAUGUUGAGGUUAAAAGUAUAGAAAGAAAAGUGAUUACAGUUGAGGAAGGAGAUGAAACUGACAUGAAUAUAGUAGAUGAAGAAAAGUGUGGUGAGGUUGAGCUGGAGAAAACAGAAAAUAGUUUUGAGGAAGAAUCAGGUGAGGAGAAAGAGGUUUUAGAGGAGGCUGAAGACAAUGCAGGGCAAAUGCAAGAUGAAGAGGAAAGGGAAGAUGACGAAGAAGAAAAUGAACGUAAUGAGUUAAAUGAGGGGUUAGACCAGGUGGAAAAGCAAGAAUCAAACGAUGAGGCAGAGGAAGAAAAUGUUAGUGAUGCGGACAGUGUUGCCGGUGGUACGGAUUGUAAAAGUCUACUAGAGGAGGCCUCAUAUAUGCAGCAGCUAAGUAGCUGUGAAGGGGAAGCAAAUGUAGAUAUUAAGGUAGCAGAAUAUAACACUGAAUCACCAACCAAAUAUUCCUCUGAGGGUCUGUGUGAAGAUGAUAAAGGUAAUGGAACAGACACCGUUAAUGAAAUUGAAACAGACGAGGUAGGUGAGCUUGGCGAGGAAAGGAGCAGCAGUCUUCCACAUGCAGUGGAAAUAUCACAGGAAUUACUUGACUUUGUUAACUUGGCCCUACAGUCCUCUUCACUUAUAUUCACAUACGAUGCUAAGGGGAACAUCAGGAUAGAGCCAGAUAAUGCACGAGUUGUACAAACCAAACAAAUUGCUAUUCCAAAAAGUAGAGCAGAUACUUCAUAUGGCUUAAAGUGUCUCCCGAGCCCGAGCACCUCAGAUUUGUCGGAUUACAGGCCAGAAACAUCAGAGAGUGGUGGAUAUAAAACUCAGGAGUCUGUAGAUAUUGUCACAGAGAGUGGAGAAGAGGCUUCAGGGAGACCUUCUCCAGUCUGCAGAAGUAAGACUGAUAUCCCUAAUGGGAGAACAAAUGUGGAGCGACUGUCAGUUGCAAGUAAUUCAGAAAUCUUACAAAAUUCCAGAUUAAAAAGUGGAGGAAGUUUCUCUUCCUAUGACUCAGGCACUAAAGCCUCAAAGGAGGACCUGUCUUACUUCAGUGCUGCAAGCUCACAAAAGGCAGAUGCCGAACCUGCCACAGAGGUCAUGCAGUGCAUUUCUUUUCCCUCAGAAAAAGACUCUACUGAUGGGGUUUUGAUUGACCAAGGUAGAUGGCUGCUCAAGGAGAAUCACCUCAUCAGAAAAUCUCCUCCGGUCUCCCUGGGAAUGUACGGCAGUGUAGAUAGCACAUCUAUAGAUACCGGUCAGGAGAACUCUAGUGUAGAUUCCUUGCCUCAUCAUAACACCCAGUACAACCCUCUUGCAGCCAUAUCCUCAUCAGAGCUUGAGGAGAUGGCGAAGCCUCAAACUCCGAAGUGCACCUACUACAGCAUGCCACAUGGAAGCGACUCUGACCCCUUUUUGGGUGAUUCCAGUGUCAAUAGUAGUAAAAAAGAUACGAGCAGUGUCAAGGGGAGAGGAUUCAGGGUGUCACCUAAGAUUGAUACUUCCAAAAGCUGGGAAAAUAAAAAUGGGAGUCUGUCUUCAUUUGCAUCAGUAGAGUUUAAAAUUCCAGACAGAAAAGUGCAUCCUGAGGGGGAGUCCUCAGCUGUGACACAGGCAAGAAGGACAUCUAGUGGUGAAAGGAGUGUAUUGCAAGCACAAGACUCCCUGGACACACUACGCGUGAGAUGUGGCCAAUACUGUCCCAUCCUAUAGAAGCUGGACAUUAUGUUUCACAGAAAUAUUCAUACAUGCUGGUUCUGUUCUAUAAGUCUUGGUUAUGAUUAUUUUGUUGUAAUGCAGCUAGAAAUGUUUUGUUUUGUCAAAUAAUC